UUGUAUCAAGAAAGUUUAUUUUGAUAUGUCAAUGGAAGAUUCUUACAAGAAGAUGCAGAAAGCUGGCUACAAUACUGUAGAUAAUAUUGUAAAUUGGCUGAAAUCAGCAAAUUUAAUGCACCAAGAAGCCGAAACUAAGGCAAGAGAAAUGCUUUCGGAGUCAAGCAACGAAGCGAAGGUGGAAUUAGAAAAGCUCCAGGCAGUCGUUCAACACGUAGCUACGGAAAACAAACAGCAAAUAGACGACGUGAAAAACGCAAUGGCAAAACAAGGCCCCAAGAUAAUAGAAGCUUUUCAGGCAGCUGCCAAGGCCUUUUCUGAUGUUAUGAGUGGGAAAUAAACGAUUUUUAUUUAACUUUAUGUUCUUGUCUCAAAUUAGGGGAAAUUCCAAGUACUACAAACAAGAGAGGACAUUUAACCUCUAUUUUGGGGCGUCAGCCCAACAAGCCAAGUUUCGACUCGCUCAGUAACUCAAGAGCAGAGCAAAGAUCGGUGUGACCAUCAGGUGC